AUGGAGGACUCCCCCGUCAAAACCGAGGGCGCCUCUCGCCAUCGCGCUGGCUACAAGUCAUGGAAGAAGAAGUAUAGAAAGAUGCGCAUCGUGUUCGAUCAGAAGAUGCACGAUGGAGAGGAGCUACACAAGCAAGAGGACAAGGCCGCGGCGCUCGUCAAGCGCUUGGCUGUAGAGAAUGAGUACGCCAUCUCCAAGGUUCAACAACGUAAUUUUGAAGGGAAUGCUAACAGCGAUAUCAACAGUCGUCUAUUGGAUCUAUUACUCGACAUCAACAAUUCCCCGCAGAUCCCUCCCGAGAAGCAGGUCGAGGUAUCCCUUCAACCUCCAUCAGAUUCCAAAGCGCCCGUCCUGCCCCUGGAUGAAGAAUACGAACUGCGCAAAGACACCCCAAGAAGAAGACUCGAAGAUCUCGUUAGCAGUGUUCCGCACUCAACAUACAGCACCGCCAAGGAGUCGCUACCGCAAAUCGUCAGUGAACUCAAGGCUCCAGACGGCGAAGCUUUCCCAGCCGACUUCCUAUCCGCCGAUGACAUCGACAACUACAUCUACGAUAUCGACAUGGCUCUCGAUAACGGUUCCCAACAUCUCCCCACGCUCGCCCCUCGCGCCCAUCCAGGCAAUCAUCAACAAUCACACCCGCAUCUCAAGAAUCCUACUAGUGUAACGAAUUGGCUGCGUAAACAUGCCCCCAAGAUAUUCCUCCAGGACGGCGAGGCACACGGUGAUGCAGAUGAUAACGAGGGCGGCCAUACCGGUGGGCGCAAGACGCGCGGAUCACGAGGCGAGCGUGGUGGAAGAGCGAGCACCAGGGGCAAGCGCGUCAGCGCAGCCGCUCGCGCAGUCGCAGCAGACCGUGACGUUGAUGUCAGCAUGGACGAGGAGCCAGAUGUUGCCUCAACGCCCAUUAGCCGUGGCAAGCGCAAGAGGAAUAAUGAAGACGACACGGGAUACAAGCCCCGUGGCUCAUCAACAAGGCCGACGAAGAAGAAGCGCAAGAGCGAAGCAGAGGGGACACCCAGUGCGCGCAAGCCAAAGAAGGAGAAGGAGGCUUCUGUCGCCCAAACCGACUAG